AAAACGAAAACAAUACAUAAAUUUGUGAAAAAACGAAAAUAAACAUAUUUUUAUUAAAAUCUUGACUAAAAAUAAUAAAUAAAAAUGAAUUUAAUUAACGGCAUUAAAUUGUAUAUAGAAAAAAUGUGCUCAGAGUCGGGACCGGGCAUGAAAACAAUGUUACUGGAUAAGGAAACAACAAGUAUUAUAUCGAUGGCAUUUUCUCAGUCGGAUAUGCUGCAGCGAGAGGUUUAUCUAUUUGAACGUAUAGAUUCGGGACGGUCUAAUGAGCGCAUGAAAUAUUUAAAAUGUAUAGUUUUUAUAAGGCCAACCAAGCAGAAUGUACAAUUAUUGGCCCAAGAGCUAAGAAGUCCUAAAUAUGGUUCAUAUUUUUUGUAUUUCAGCAAUAUUAUACCCCGCACCGAUAUUAAGUAUUUGGCCGAGUGUGAUGAAAGUGAAUCGGUGCGUGAAGUUAAAGAACUAUAUGCCGACUAUAUGGGUGUUAAUCCCAAUUUGUUUUCACUUAACAUUCCCACUUGCAUGCAAAGACUUAAUUGGCUGCCCGAUGCAUUAACACGUUCCGUACAGGGCAUAGUCUCGGUAUUACUGUCCCUUAAACUAAAUCCUGUUAUACGUUAUAGGGCGGGUUCGACGGUUACACAAACUUUAGCCAAACAAGUGUAUGAACAAAUAACCAAAGAAUCUACUCUAUUCGAUUUUCGUACUCAUGAAAAUGGAGCUGCUCCUCCAUUGCUAUUAAUUUUAGAUCGCCGUGAUGACCCCGUGACACCUUUACUACACCAAUGGACUUAUCAGGCAAUGGUUCAUGAACUUCUAACCAUACGCAAUAAUCGUGUGGACUUGUCGGAAAAUCAAGCAGUACCCAAAGAUUUUAAGGAAUUGGUCUUAUCGGGAGAUCAAGAUGAAUUUUAUGCCAAAAAUAUGUAUGCCAAUUUUGGUGAAAUUGGUUCGACCAUAAAAAAUCUUAUGGAAGAAUUUCAGCGUAAGGCAAAAGAUCAAAAAAAGGUGGAAAGUAUUGCGGAUAUGAAAAAUUUCAUAGAAACUUAUCCACAAUUUAAGAAAAUGUCUGGUACUGUGCAAAAACAUUUAUGCAUAAUGGGAGAAUUGUCCACAAUGACAACAAAAAGAAAUCUUUUCGAAGUUUCAGAAUUGGAACAGGAAAUAGCCUGUAAAGCCGAACAUUCCCAACAAUUACAACGUAUUAAGAAGCUAAUAGCAGAUGAACGCAUUUCUUUGGAAGAUGCUUUAAAACUAGUGGCUUUAUAUGCCUUGCGCUAUGAGCGACAUGCCAAUUGUGAUACCUCGAGUUUAUUGCAGAUUUUAAAAAUGAGAUCAGCACAAACACACAUAAUACCCAGUUUAAUAGAAUAUGCAGGAACUCAUAUGCGUCAAGGAGAACUGUUUAAUUUGGUGCGCAUUACUGAUGCCGUCAAAUUGACACGUAAUCUUAUUAAAGGUCUUAAGGGAGUAGAGAAUGUUUUUACCCAACAUACACCUUUGCUAAAGGAAACUUUGGAAGAUGUUUUCAAGGGUAGGGAACUAGAUCCCACCUAUCCUGCUAUUAACUCAGAACUAGUACCAUUCCGUCGUCCACCCCAAGAGGUGGUUGUAUUUAUUGUCGGUGGCACCACCUAUGAGGAGGCCUUAUCGGUGCAUCAAUUGAACAAUAUGGGUUAUCGUGUUAUAUUGGGUGGUACGACCAUACACAAUUCUCAAAGUUUUAUUACUGAAGUUUUGGCUGCUACCGAUGGUAUGCAAUUUAAACAUACCAAAUCUAUGUUAAAACACUAUGCUUCAACUGAAAAUUAUUAAGUUCUCUAGGCAGUCGUAUCGUCUAUAACUAUUUAUGAAUGAUUUUUUAUAUAUAUAUUAUACCAUGUAGGUAUAGUUUCAUAUUAUAAAUGUAUACUUUUGUGUAUUUAUGUUAUUAUAUUAAAACUAUUAAUAUCCUUAAAACUAUUAUUAAACAAUUAUUUAUAAUCCCCAAGCAAAAGUUAAUAAAAACACUAUAAAAUGAAACUAUUAAAUUCCUCAA